AGGAUUCAGCCCUUCAUAAGCCCGGAGCCGGCUCCAGCCCCACAGCGCCGGUUCCAGCCCCACAGCGCCCGCCCCAUGGCUGCCCUCAGCAUCCUCCUCUUCCUCCUCGGCGCUGGCGUGGUGGCCCCGGAGCCACCCCAACAUGUGGUACAGGAGAGCCUGGACCUGCAGCCCCCCCACAUCCAGCAGCUGCUGCAGGAGGAGCUGGUCCUGCGGCUGCCCCCGGACGCGGUGGCCGCAGCCGCCACCGCGGCCCCGUCCCCGGCGUGGCCCAACACCGUGCCCGGCUUCCCCCCGCCAUGGCCCGAGGCCGCCGCCAUCACCCAGCGCUGCCGGCACCGCCCGCUGCCCCCCGCGGCCCCCGCGCUGCCCCCGAGCUCCUUCGGCCACCUCCGGCGCCAGGCGGCGGCGUUGGCCGCGCUCGGGCCCCGCAUUGACUCGUGCUGCGGCCGCAACGGGACCCUGCCCUGCGCCCGCCGCGCCUGGAUGGAGGUGCUGGACGCGUUCUGCGCCGAUGAGUUCGGGGUGAAGACGCGGCAGUUCCACUGCUGCCGCCUGCGCGGCGCGGCCCGGCGGCGCUGCUUCGUGCAGGGCCGCGCCGAGGCCGCCGCUGAUGCUGCGGUGGCGGCAGCGCCCCCCCGCGACACGGUCCCGUUCCCCCCCGGGCAACCCACGGCCUCCAACAUGGGCAACAUCUGCGGGUUGCGGGGGCUGCGGCCCGGCCCCUCCGGCCCCUCCGGCCCCAUCGCCCGCUUCCAGCUCCGCCUGGAGAGGGACUAUGGGCGCUGCUGCCGCAACGGGAGCCUGGAGUGCGCCCAUGAUGCCUGGCGCUCGGGGCUGGAGCGGCUGUGCCGGGAGGAGGCGGCGGUGCCGGCGCGGCAGCAGCGCUGCUGCCGGCGGGGCCCGGGCCCGGCGCAGACCCGCUGCUUCGCGGCGGCCGCCCCGGACCCGGGCUACGAGCGGGAGCUGCACAACGUGAGCCUGGCGCGGGCCGGGCCCGCGCUGCUGCGGGCGCUCUGCGGGCCCGCCAGGCUGCUCAGCAGGAGGCGGCCGGUGCCGGAGCUGCUGGGGGCCAUCACCUCGUGCUGCCCGCGGCCCCCCCAGGAGCAACGCGCCUGCACCGAGGAGCAGCUGGGCCAGGCCAUCACCACCCUGUGCAGCGCCCAGGGGGGGCCCUGGCGCGACCCCCAGCGCUGCUGCUCGCGGGGGGACCCCCCCGCCCAGCGCCGCUGCUUCGACGCCACGUACCUGGCGCGGGUGACGCUGGGGCUGGCCGUGCCCCCCCCGCCCCCCGGCCACGAGGAGUGACCCCCCCGGGGCCACAACAAUAAAGGUGCUGCGCUGUCACCCCC